AUGAGCUCCGAGGAUCAGAAACUCCUCCUAAACGGAGCCGUUGAUCUCGUGCCCUCCUUGAAAUCUGAGGUUCGCCAAUUGCGAGCCAGCAAGAAGAAGGAAUCUAAAAUUCAGUGUGUGCGCUGUCGUCACGCCAAUUACAAGGCCUCCUUUGAUCUCGAUCAGUUCCCGAUGGAACCCGUUAGUGGAGUGAUCGAGACUAUUCCUCCUGGAGUGCCCUUAGUCUACGUGGUCAGUGCUGUUGAUUUCCCAAUGUCUAUCAACAAGGACGUUUUCAAGUAUAGACUGCCUCGUCUGAUGAAGUUUGUUGUGACGAAAACCGACCUUCUCUUCACUAACAAGGACAUGGUGAACAAGUACGGUCAGCGCUUUUUCCAGGACUACUUUGAAAGAACUUACAAGGUGCCACGUGAGAACGUUUUUUGUGUCAGCGGCACCAGCGACUGGAACGGUCUGCAGUUAUUGGACGAGAUCCAGGAUGGGCUGUACAUUAUCGGUACGGUUAACAGUGGCAAAUCAACUCUUAUCCUGCUGCUUCUUCACACUGUCGAGAAGCAGAAGAGUGAACUUCCAAAUGCCCGCCGGGAGCGUCAAAUUCAAAAAUUGGCGAACGAGGCUAUCGCUCAAGGCAGAAAGCCACCAAGUCGCAUGUCUCUUGUCCGUCUGGACAUCAAAAAAAUAGCAGCAUUCAAAUCCCAGCAUGGGCCUGGUACAUCGUACAUGCCGGGCUUUACCCGAGGCAACCUCCCCUUUCAGCUUACCAAAAACAAGAUCGUUUACGAUGUUCCUGGAUUUUCGGACGCCCAGAACACGAGGCUUUACGAUAUUAUCGAGCCCCAGCAUAUCAAGCAUCUUCUCAAAAGCAAAAAGAUUCCCAAACUGGGCAUGUACGACUCCCACUACGAAACCGUCAAGGCGGGUCAGGUGCUCACUGUUGGUGGACUUUUCUUCUUACAGGUUCCCGAAAAUGCCAUGCUACAGGUACGCAAUUGUCUCAAUCACAAGCCCCACGUCUUCAAAAGCUUGGAAAAAGCCAUGGACGUGUUCCGCGGUCUGCGUACGCCAGCCCUCAAGGACGUGUUCCUUGUUGAUCCCGCCAAAGCGCAACUCAAAAAAUACAUUGUGCCUUCGUUCUAUGGAAAAAAAGACAUUGUGUUCCAGUUCAUGGGCCAUAUUGUAAUUACGCCCGUUGGAUCAAAUGCAGCCACUGAGCCGUUUACAUUGUAUCUUCCCGAAGGCAUUGAGGCCAUUUUACGUCAACCCAUUACGAAUUACAUAACCACCACGUUAUCCGGGCGAGAUGCAAAUGGUAACCCGCUUCGCAAGGAGAACUGGAAGUCUAAAAGCACAAAAGAGGUAAAGCGAUGGACCGGUAAAAUCCCCUUUUACUCGGACUUAAUUCCCUUGGAAAGCAGUUCCGCAAGCGAUAGCGAGCCGACGGAAAAUUACCUGCAGCAGCAGCAGCAGUACCAGCGAUCCCCAGACGAGAUCGACGCGGAUUCCGAAUAUCGCCUGUGGUUUCAAAAAAAUUGA